CUCUCUCCCCCGGGUCCCCUCCCCAAUCCCCAACACAUAGGGGCCCCGGCCAGCUUUUGGGGGGGAGCCUCGCCUGGUGUGGAGCUGAGGGUCCCGGCUUGGAGACGACUCUUGGCUGUUCCGGGCUGCUACCCACUGGUGCCCUCAAUCCCUCCCGCUGCACCGCAUCACCCGGGUCCAGAAACUGGAUUUGGGAGUCCAGACAGGUUCGAACGGGGACGGCUUCGUUUCCAGCCCUUCGAAGGAGGAAUUUGCAACCACAGGUGGGGAAUUUCAGUGACUCCACUCGACUCUCAGGCCAAAAUGACCAGGUGUUCUCUCCUCACAAGAAUCAACCGGGUGCAGACCAGACGUGGCAGCGGCGGGGACAUGCGCAGGGCUCUGGGCUGGGCCGGGGGACGGCUGCAGCGGCCGGGGGCCCCUGUCUCGGCGAGGAUGUGCCACGGCGGGGGUGGCGGUGACCAAGUGGACAGGAGGGUCCCACUGGCGGGCAGAGUGGCCUUGAUCACGGGCUCCACGGACGGAAUCGGGUUGGCAGUGGCCCGACGGCUGGGCCAGGACGGGGCGCACGUGGUACUGAGCAGCCGCCAGCAGGAGAACGUGGCCCGGGCCGUAGCAGCGCUGCAGGCCGAGGGGCUCAGCGUGUCGGGCACCGUGUGCCACGUCGGGAAGGCCGAGGACCGGGAGCGCCUGGUGGCCAAGGCUCUGGAGCAUUCUGGGGGCGUUGACUUCCUGGUGUGUGUGGCUGGUGUGAACCCCCUUGUCGGGAGCACUUGGGAAGCCAGCGAGCAGAUCUGGGACAAGAUCCUGGAUGUGAACGUGAAGUCUCCCGCCCUGCUGCUGGGCCUGCUGGUGCCACACAUGGAGAAGAGGGGGCCCCCCAACCGUCCCCUCUCACCGCUCAGGAGCAGCGCUGUGGUCCUAGUCUCGUCACUUGCAGCCUACAUUCCGAUCCCGCUCCUGGGCCCCUACAAUAUCAGCAAGACCGCCAUCUUGGGCCUGACCAAGACCCUGGCCCUGGAAUUGGAGCCCAAGGGCAUCCGCGUGAAUUGCCUGGCACCGGGAAUCAUCAAGACCAACUUCAGCCAAGUGCUCUGGAAAAAUGAGAAGAUGUUCAACCAAAUUCAAAACAUUUACCAAUUUUCGAGAACCGGGAAGCCAGAAGACUGUGCGGGCGUCGUGUCCUUCCUUUGCUCUCCGGACGCCAGCUACAUCACCGGAGAGACCAUCGUGGUGGCCGGGUCCUCCCAGAGGCUCUGA